AUGAUCGAUAGAAACAUUAAAACUGGAAUUGGUUGUGUUACGGUUAUUAGCAGGUCAUUUUCCUCAGGAAGACUUCUUGCUACUGAAAAGUAUGGUAACUUUUCGCAAAAUAAGUAUACAGCCAAUGAUGAAGUAAACCAUUUCCAAGCCUUAGCACCAUCCUGGUGGGAUACUAGAGGCUCGCAACGUAUUCUACACAAAAUGAAUUUAAAUAGGAUGGAUGCUGUACAUCGACUGCUCUCGCCUAAUGUUAAAUUUGCUAAUCCAGAUUCAUCUACCCCCAUUAAUAAUCAGAUAGUUGCGAAUCCUUAUAGAGCGCUUGACGUCGGCUGUGGAGGUGGAAUCUUUGCCGAAUCUCUUGCCAGACUACCGUACGUCAAAUCGGUCGAUGCUAUAGACAUUACUCCAGACUGUAUAAAGGUGGCUAAUGCGCAUAAGGAUAAGGACCCAAGCAUAAAGGACAAAAUUAGCUAUUCAUUGAAAUCGCUAAAAGACGUUGAAGGAACUUAUGACGUUGUCACAAUGUUUGAAGUUUUGGAGCAUGUGGACAAUCCUAGUGAGAUGUUACGUCUGGGUUGGAGCAAACUGGAGCCUGGUGGGCUUAUGUUUGUGAGUACGAUAAAUAGGCAUCCUGUUUCAUGGUUCACAACGAUUCUAGUUGCAGAAUAUGUCACAAGCUUAGUGCCAAAGGGAACACACCAUUUUGAAAAGUUUAUUAAUAGCAAAGAAAUCACGGCCUGGUUUGAGGAGAACGCGCCAGGCAGUCACCGCCUAGUUGAAUUAAAAGGCACCAUGUAUCUUCCUGCUGUGGGGUGGAUAGAUCACUGUAAUGCUGAUGUUGGGAACUUUUAUAUGGCUGUGAGGAAGCUUCCCGUCAAACUUAAGAGUAGGACUUAG